UCAAAGAAUACAAACCUCAUUCUUUUUUUUUCUUAGACAUGGAGCCCCAACGUGUUUGCAUCCAAAAACAGCUCUCGGAGACAGAUAUCAAUCGCAAUUUAGAAGUACCCAACCAAGCACAGUUUUUGCCAGAGGGAAAUGGUAUCAUGCUUGUAACUGAUCGAGAUGGUACAUCAUUUGAAUUCGUAGCAUCAGUGAGGAGAAGUGGGAGGCGUUCUCUGACGCACCAGUGGAUCGAGUUUGCUGCAUCAAAGGGUCUUAGAGCCGGUGAGUUCAUCAGGAUUAAUUGGACAGGGCAUGAGAAUCAGUAUGAGGUGCAGUUGGGACUGCAAGCCCAUGGACAGCACAUAUUUUGGGAAACCCUUUAAGUUUCAGUACUAGGUAAAAUUGUGUGAUAAGUUUGGGUGGUGCUUAGAUAUAAACCCAACUGAUAUUGAUUUCAUGUCCAAUUUUAUGGAUCAUCAUGUGUAUAAUUGUUUGAUCUGCAUGCCAACGUCAAAGUUUUAUGCUACACUGGAUCAUAUUCAAAGUUUU